AUGUAUGCAAAGUUUGGGUUUUUCGCCAAGAUCAUGUAUCUGUUUGAUGAAAUGCCUGAACCAGAUGUAGUUUCUUGGAAUGUGAUUAUUGAUGAUCUUGGUAAAAAUGGUUGUUUUGAUGAGGUUUUGGCUGCGGUUAAUGAGAUGUGUUGGAAUGGGGUUGAGCCUAACGCGGUUACAUUUCUUGGACUUGUUUCGUGUUCUUUGAAAAUGGGGGAUUUUGGUUUAGGUAAGUUGGUACAUUUGUAUAUUAUGAAGAGAGGAAUACACAUGAGUGAAAAUCUUGUUAAUGGGUUGAUUGAUAUGUAUGCGAAGUUUGGAGAUAUGGAGUCUGCUGAGAAGUUGUUCGAUAGGAUGCAGAUGAAGACGGUUUUCUCAUGGACUUCACUUCUUGAUGGUUUUAUACAAAAGGGUGAACUAGAAAGAGCUGGUGUUGUUUUUCAUCAGAUGCCUAAGGAUACUACUGCUUGGAAUGUCAUGCUUAGUGGGUAUUCCGAGGCAGGUGAUAUGAGUUCAGCAGAGACAAUCUUUCGAGCAAUGCCAGAUAGAGAUUUAGUCUCAUGGAACACUAUGAUUCUUGGCUAUACUCAGAACAAGAUGUAUAUGAAGUCCUUAGAGUUGCUAAGAGAAAUGCUCGGGUUUGGACUGAAACCUGAUCGGAUAACAUUAGUUGGGUUGUUCUCAGUGUGUGGAUAUGCAGGUGUACUGUUUAUCGGUGAAGCCAUCCAUUCUUUCAUGGAAAAACAGAACAUAAAGGAAGAAGAAGUUGAAGUAGCCUUGUUGGAUAUGUAUAGCAAGAGUGGUGAUCCUGAGAAAGCUCUUAGAGUAUUUUACGCGAUACGUAGAAAAUCAGUGUUGGCUUGGACUAACAUGAUCGUCGGACUAGCAAUGAAUGGUCUUGCAAAUGAAGCUCUUAUGUUGUUCCAUCAAAUGUGUGAUGAAGGAACAGGUCCUAAUGAGAUAACAUUUUUAGGUGUUUUAUGUGCUUGCAGCUAUGCAGGUUUAGUUAAAGAAGGCAAAUGGCUGUUCAAUGCUAUGAGUAAAGUACAUGGCAUUACACCAAGAUCUGAGCACUAUGGUUGUAUGGUUGAUCUUCUAGGCCGGGCCGGUUUGCUUAAAGAAGCAGAGAUGUUUAUUCAUGAUAUGCCUGAAAAGGCUGAUGCUGGCAUCUGGGGUGCCUUACUAGGGGCUUGUAGGAUGCAUGGUGAGGUUCAAAUGGGUGAAAAGAUAGCCAAGAUUGUGACACAAAUGGACCCGUAUCACUCAGGACGUUACAUUCUUCUCUCCAACAUUUAUGCUGCAGAAAACAGAUGGCUUGAUGCUGAAAAAGUAAGGAAGAAGAUGAAAACUGAAGGUAUACACAAAACACCAGGAUUCAGUUUGGUUGAGAUGAAAGGUGAAAUGCACCAAUUCAUAGUAGGCAAUCAUUCUUAA